AAAGGUCAUUAGAUGAUUUUGUGGGGUUUUCGGUGCUCCUGCUUAUUCACGUUCGAAGUCGCAGGUUAUACAGAAAUUCUCACAGUAUUCCUUCUUCUGCUGUUGCAGGAAGAGAUUUCCAGCCCAUUGAGCGCUCAAAUCUUCGAGCUCUGUGAUCCCGAAUUGUUCCCGGAGCCAUUGCAGAACUCGGAGGUGGCUUCCAGCUCCAACUGUUGCUACGAUGACAACACUUCCUACACGACAAACCUUUCCUUUCCCCCAGACAUAACCAAGCUUCUGAACAACGUCGAGAAGAACGGCAACAUGGCCGCGGCGGCAGCGCCGGCGAGCUCCAGCCCCUCCGCCACCUCGGCCACCACCCCGGCCAUCACCCCAAACUCCGCCCACAACAGCGACCUCUCCGUAAUCUUCGACUCCCCUGAGGAGAUCCAGAACGACAUCUCCGCCUCCAUAGAUUUCUCUUCAUCUCUCUCAUUUUCCGUUUCCCAAUUUCUCGGCAGCCAAACAGGCGACCAGUUCGACCUGCCAUCGCUGCAAUCUCAAGUCCCCUUACCGGACGGCGUGGUUGCGGGGCUUCCGCAGUACCAUCAAGACCCAGUUGUCCAUCUCAUGGGGCCGCCAUUGCCGUCGGUUCUCGAAGGGGAAUGCUUGUCCCUGAUGCCUUCUUACAUGCGCCUCAACUCUUCUUCUCCGCCCUGCUCUUUUCUCGAUCCCCCAAGUUCAAUGGCGCCAUACUUGCCAAGCAAUUUGAACACUGCUCUUUCUGCCGAUUCUUCUGGGAUUUUCACUGGGAAUGGCACUCUGUACAUGGGCAAUGAACUUCAGAAUCAAGAAAUGGAGUUUCAGGGAGACAAUGGUGGGAUUUUCUGCCCGGAUCCUUUGCCAAGGAUCUUCAACUCCAAUGAGUUACAGGCACUUAGCAAUAAGAGUCAGCAUGUGGUGAAUGGGGGAGCGAGCUCUACUCCUCUGGGAUCAGAGAUCUCAACGUUGGAAGACUCUUCAUUCAAGGUUGGGAAGCUCUCUGUUGAAGAGAGGAAGGAGAAGAUUCACAGGUACAUGAAGAAAAGGAAUGAGAGGAAUUUCAGCAAGAAAAUCAAGUAUGCCUGCCGCAAGACUUUGGCAGACAGCAGGCCUCGAGUCAGGGGAAGAUUUGCUAAGAACGAUGAAUUCAGUGAGAUCCACAGAGCAACUUCCAGCAACCAUGAAGAGGACACAGACGAAGACGUGUUUGUGAAGCAAGAAGAUGAAAUGAUCGAUUCCUCAGACAUAUUUGCUCAUAUCAGUGGUGUGAAUUCAUUCAAAUGCAACUACCCAAUUCAGUCUUGGAUUUGAUCAUCUUUCUGUCCGAAUCAAUUUUGCAGGACCCCUGUUCCAACCAGGACGUGCGAGUCACUGUUCCUGGGUAAUAAGGGUUGAAUAAUUGGGGUCGUUAUAUGGUUUCUUCAAUAAUGAGUUAUAGUUAAUGUAGAACAGAAAAAAUCAUGUUGUCAAUGAUGUAUAUAAUGCCUUUUCUUAUUAACAUUGUACAACCCUCGUUGGUUUCGAGUUUACUUGUAUUCGAUCUCAAGUUUGA